UUCACCCAGGUGGCUAUCCUGUCACUCUGGCCAACCAAGCAAGUAUGGGAAAUUGCCUGUGAAAUACCAGGCCAGCUCAAGUACAGGUGCACCAGUCCACUGGAAGUAGUGUUAGUUGUCUGGCACACUGAAGGAUGGAGGCUGUGGCCAGGUUUCCUUGAGCAACUGCUGAUAAAAUUAUUCCAGGAUGACGAAGAUGAGUGAAUCACGCAUGGAGUUUCGGCUCAAGAACACUCCAAAUGACUGCAUACAGAGCGUCAAGUUUGGCCCAUCCUCAUCACAGUUCCUUCUGGUGGCAUCAUGGGACAAGAGUGUGCGACUCUUUGAUGUGGUGAACAACAACAUGCGGCUCCAGUACCAGCACUCGGGGCCAGUGUUGGACUGCUGCUUUCAGGAUGCUGUCCAUGCUUACAGUGGGGGUCUAGAUGGCCAGCUCAAGACCUUUGACCUCAACACCAACACAGAGUCAGUGGUUGGGUCACACGAGGCUCCUAUAAGAUGUGUAGAGUUCUGUCCUGAAGUGAACACGAUCAUCACUGGCUCCUGGGACUCCAACAUCAAGCUGUGGGAUCCUCGAGGACCACGUGAGGCCGGCACCUUCCAGCAGCCAAACAAGGUGUACACAAUGGACCUGAGUGGAGAGAAGUUGGUGGUGGGAACGUCCAACCGCAAGGUGAUGGUGUGGGACCUUCGGAACAUGGGCUUUGCACAGCAGCGGAGAGAGUCCUCCUUGAAGUACCAGACUCGCUGCAUCCAGUGCUUCCCCAACAAGCAGGGCUAUGUGGUGUCCAGCAUUGAAGGCCGUGUGGCGGUGGAAUACCUCGACCCAAGCCCUGAGGUCCAGAAAAAGAAAUAUGCCUUCAAGUGUCACAGGCUGAAAGAAGAUGGUAUUGAAAAGAUAUUCCCUGUUAAUGCAAUUAGUUUUCACAAUGGAUACAACACCUUCGCCACGGGAGGUUCAGAUGGCUACGUCAACAUCUGGGAUGGAUUUAACAAGAAGAGAUUGUGUCAGUUCCAUCGUUACCCGACAUCCAUCUCCUCUCUCUGCUUCAGUAAUGAUGGAAACAUCCUUGCCAUUGCUUGCUCCUACAUGUAUGAGCAGGAGCAGAUUGACCCCAUGCCUGAGGACUGCAUCUUCAUCCGCCGGGUAACAGACCAAGAGACGAAACCCAAGUAAAGUGUGUUCAGGUCAGGUAUCUAAGUCGUCCAGCCCAGAAUGGUCCCCUCACCUCUUUGCUUCCUUGGGCACUCUCAGUAACACGGGUCCAAUGUGUGUCUAUAGGAUGGUGGGACACGGCACUGUUGGUUGUUUCAGCCACUAACAGUAAGGGUCUUUAUUGUUGUAUGCCAGCUGUAGAAUGACCUAAGUUUGGAGUAGGAAUAGAGUUUAUCUUUGGUUUGCCAUCGAUAAUAAUGGUCGUAGUACUAAUUUUUUUUCCCCCAUUCUGUAGGAUAUCGUGUAGACUGUAGAGUAAUGGUUAAAAAGAAGCCAAUGCACUGUGUUUCCAAGAGACUUGCAUGCUGUCAAAAAGGAAUUGCUUGGUUAACUAAAUCUGUAAGGUGGCGUAGAUGCUUCUGUUAGCCGACGUGAAGUAGUGAUCCAGAAGGCGACAGUGGAACCAUAUAUCUCCAAACUCAGCUGUGAUCUAUUCAUGGUACACAUUUGCAGGGACUCCACUCUGGCCCAUUAGUAACUGCACAGGUUAAAAUGUAAUGGUCCUGAACAAAACUACACUGGUAUUAGUAAGGCAGAUCUGAUACAAAAUUCAUUCUGCAGCAUUUACAAUUGCAGAGAGUCUGUUUUGAUCCACUAAUAACUACAAAAAUAAAAAAAAAGUAAUGAGUUUAAAGAUACACUGGACUUAAUAUAUUGGAACAUUUACAACUAUUUAUAUACAUUAUAAGGCCUGUGGAUAUAGUCAACUCCCUUCAUUAACAUAUAUUACUUCCAUGGUUCCAAUUGUUGGCAGGGGACCGCAGGAAAGUAAUUAUUGAAUGGAGAGAGAGAGAGAGAGAGAGAGAGAGAGAGAGAGAGAGAGAGAGAGAGAGAGAGAGAGAGAGAGAGAGAGAGAGAGAGAGAGAGAGCACCUCUCCACUAAACACAAAGAAAAAGGAAUUGUUGUAUAGCACUAGUUGGGUAGCCAGUGAACACUAUAUAAGAGACAGAGAAAGAGAGAGUGCUGGUUCUCCCACUAAACAGAGAAAAAAAGGGACCAUGGGAGACCAGCCUGGCUUGACCUAGACUUGUGUUCCUCUUGCCAUGUCUGUACUGUUUGCACUGCCACUGAAGACUUUACUGUGGAGGACUCAGACCAGUUUCUUUGUUGAGGUCUGACUUUAUCCUUAAGUUACUUGGAUAUAAAAGAACAGACUGGUUAAGGGAACCAAACUGUCAUGUAAACAUUUUAGCUCAGUUUGAGUAAUGUGGUGAGGGACUGGGUGAGGAUUAGGAUGAGGAUGCUGUGAGGUACCUAAGUGUGUGUGUAGUCAGCAAUAGACAGUAAACCAUCCAUGAUCUCAGGACCUGGGGAUUCUGGUUCACUUGGAUAGCAGCAGUCGCACCAGAGCAGAGUGUGGGUGAUCAGCACAAUGCCAUACCAACCUUGAGGCAUCAUUUGGCUGAAUGGAUGUGUUCUGUGUGAGAGUUGGGUGUCAUUUUGUGGUGCAGUGCCAUCUCCUAUUAUGUUUAUCUUUUUAAAGACCAGUGAAUAGGAUGUGUUUCUGCCAUGAAGGGCAGUAAUUUAGUAAUUGUUCUUUUUUUUAUAUAAUUGAUGCAUCUUUAUUUUGUGUAGAGAAAUCCAUUUGAACUUACAGCACAUUUUAAUACACUUUUUCCUUACCUGUGUGUUUUUAGUCCAUCUUUUUGUAUUGAGCUAAGCUAAGCUGAUCUCUUUGGUGAGGUGUUGAUGUGUUGCAGAGCUGGACAAACUGUAUUGCUUUAAGUCUUGUUUAUGAUACAUUUUUAUUAGUGUUAAUUCCACCAGUUUUUGUGCACAAAUGUACUUCCCAUUGAGGUUUGUAAUUUUAGUGAGAAAUACUGUUUCACUUCAGUGGUUGAGGGCAAGUCAUUGUGAUGCUGUAAGGUUGAGGAGCCUUUCCUUGGAAGCAUUUCUAAACUGAAUAUCAAAAGACAACAAUAAUGGAUCAGAGGACUAAUGGGCUUAAAAGUGGUGGCUUUACCUUACUUGGGGAUUUCAGACAUAGCAAAAGUACUGCCAGUGUGAGGGAACAUUCUGUGUCUCUCAUCAGUCUAGCCUAAGUCAUCAAGCUAUACUUAAAUACUUAUGUAUACAAUAUGUCUUAUUUAUUUUUCUUUUGUUAUUCUGGCAUAAAAUUUGAAAAUUAUUUUCAUAUGUGUAAUAUAUAUUUUUCAUUGACUAUAUAUGAACAUAUGCAGGUUUUCUCAAAUAAACAGUUUAAAUGUUAUUGGUGGAUGCAUGGUCAUUGUACAAAUUGAUGGAAACAUGAUCUUUUCACGUCCUGCAAGACUGGAGUUGUGACAAGUCUCCUGAACCUCUUGAGAGAACUCAUCAGAAAUGGCUGCAGUGUGGUGUGAUCAGGUGGCAGUGACUCGUGGUGUGGCAGACUGAUGUUGGUGUGGUGGCUUGCACUGCAGCUGUGGCUGAAGCUGGUGUCUGGACAAGCAGCUGUGCGGGUGUCAUUUUUGCCCCACAGUUUGUGUGGUGUGUCCAAUGUCACCUCUUGCCAGCAAAGCAAAUCUAGCUGUGGCUUUUUAUAGUGACAGGAAAUGACUCAGUGCCUCCUGGACCCAUGCUGUGUACCUUAACCCACAUGUUGUGGAGGAAUGUUGGUCAGUAUUCCUUGUGGAAGGGUAUUUUAUUUCCCAGAUUGUAAACUACUAUCAAGAGGAGAGCUCAGUGUGAAUGGUCACUAACAUAAGUGGCUUGCAGGUAGUCAGUGUGUCUUGUUCUUGACAUUUGUCAGUCAGACCUGGUAAGGAGUGGGGUACAGUAUUGCAUUUUAGCAAACCCAGACUGUUCAUUCUGUGCAGGGGUGCAGCACAAACCUCAUCCAAAGAGGCAUGAGGUCUGUCUGGCCUCCACUUUCACAAAACUCACGUGAGCAUGAAAUGAAGUCUUAUGAAUGAAAGCAAUAAACAACAAUAUGGAUCAAUGAAUUGGCAUUUUGACACUACUGUACUUGUGAAUGAUCCUGUUUCAUAGCACUGGCUUUCUGUAUAAGAUUCAUGUCAGUGUGGUGUUGGAUCCCCAAGUGCCACACUACAGGGAGAUUAUAUCAGGAAUUAUCUUUAGACCAGCCAAGAAGUUGUUGUUUCCCAGCAAGGAUGUUGUUGCUCUGGGCCUGAGGCAACAGCUGGGGGUGGUGGUGCACCAAACAAAAAACUUUUUGCACUGGGCUGAGGCAACAGCUGGGAGUGGUGGUGCACCAAACAAAACACUUGUUGCACUGGCCUGAGGCAACAGCUGGGAGUGGUGGUGCACCAAACAAAACACUUUUUGCACUGGGCUGAGGCAACAGCUGGGAGUGGUGGUGCACCAAACAAAACUCUUGGGGUGGGGAAUCGUCAGCUGUGGAAGGUAAUGGUUAUACUGCCUGCAUGAGGCUAGAUGUGUGCUUUCUAUUUAUUGCUUUAAUGGGAAAUUUUCUGUAGUGAAUCAGUAUUGAACAUAUUGGUAGAUGUAGGGAAGCAUAUGUCUUCAAAUGUGAGUGCAGGUAAGUGCAACCAUUAUCAGGCCCCAUCUAGCAGCGGCCCUCCAAAGUUGCACCUAUUGUCUUUGAGAACUGUGCUUCCGUGCCAACACUAUGCCUAGUCAAACUUUCCCAUCUCUGUCCAUCAACAGCCACCUUUCCUUCCUGCCGUCCUUGAGAAUUGUGCUUCCGUGCUUACACCAUGCCUAGUUAAACUUUUCUGUCUGCUGUUGACAUCCACUGUUCUCUUGGUGGAGGUGUGCUUACUCUCAACUUGUCCCAAGGAAGGGUGACCGUCUCAUUCCUCAGUGUUUUCACCUGUAGAUUUGACUUCUGCCUCUGUACAUCUUGAAAUUCUCCUCAUGAGGAAGACUUGCAAGUAUUUAUUGACUUAUUCUUCUCUGGUUGUCUGUAUGGACUCAGGACACUUUACAAACAACUACAGGAUAACCCAAAAGUUUGGACACGGAAAAUAUAUCUUUAGUUAUCUUUAUUCAGUAUCUGCCUACAUGAUCACUUCUCACAUCCACUCAAUAGUAUCAAGUUAAUUUGUUCUUUUGGAAAACUUAUUCAGUCUAAUAACAAUGUGUCCAGAGUUUUGGGUCACCCUGUACUUUGCAAUAGGUUGCUGGUCAGUGGUCACCCUCUCUUAGGGCGGCGCUUCUCACUGUCUGACGUGGCGGGCCGGGAGGCGCCCUCCACUCGCUCCAUCCCGGUGCCCCGUGCUGUGCCUCUAUUACUCCUUGCACAGGCACAGCAUGUCAGAUAGGUUCAUGAAACAGUCUUUACUGUACUAAUAUCCAACCAUUAUAAUACUGAUACUGAAUUAUACAAAAACAAUAGAAUAAAUACGCAUAAUCAAGAGUU